AUGGCAGGCCUUUCAAAAAUACCUUCGGCAACUUGGACUCGCAUCGCUAGCAGUGUGCGGCUCUAUCGAUCAUCUCAAGCUGUUUCAGUGGUUGGACAGAAGGUGUAUAUCUUUGGUGGCGAACUCGUCCCUCGACAGCCCGUGGACAAUAGCAUCGACGUUGUGAAGCUCGGUGCGCAAUUUGAAUAUGGUGCUCAGACAUUCGCUGCCAAACACGAAGCACCUACACCUCGAGUUGGCAGUCCCAGCACGGUCAUCAACGGUGAUAUCUACCUCUUUUCCGGACGUGGCGGGCUAGAAAUGAAGCCCAUCGAAGAAACCGGUGGCCUCUGGCGCUACGAACCUUCAAAUGCCCAGUGGACACUUGUCCAGCCGUCUGACUCUUCUGCACCAUUCCCGGCCGGGAGGAGCUACCAUUGCAUCACUUCCAACGGUGUCGACAGCGUCUAUGUUCACUCCGGCUGUCCUGAAGAGGGCAGGCUUAGCGACUUGUGGGCGUUUAGCAUUUUCAACAAGACUUGGACAGAGCUAGCCCCAGCUCCAUCGCCGGCCCGGGGCGGCGCUUCGAUUGCAUUUGCCAACGGGAAGAUCUACCGCAUGAAUGGCUUCGAUGGCAAGACGGAACGGGGCGGCUCCCUCGAUGUCUUCGACACUGCAGCUGCUUCUUGGAGCACCAUUGACUACAAACCAGACGGCAUCAGCGGCCCAGAGCCUCGAAGUGUCUCAACGCUGUUGCCCGUCACUAUCCAAGGCAAGUUGUUCUUAAUCACCCUGUUUGGUGAACGACACCCCAGCGCCCUCGGUCACGCUGGCGCGGGAAAGAUGCUCUCCGAUGGAUGGGCUUUCGAUGUUGAUCGGGGACUGUGGCAGAAGAUUAAGACAGGAAAUGAUGUUCCCGCUGCAAGAGGAUGGUUUGAUGCUGAUGUGGCCAAGGAUGAGGCCGGAAAUGAUAUCGUUGUUGUUCACGGUGGCCUUGGUGAGGAUAACCAGAGACUUGGAGAUGUUUGGACACUGGGCUUUUCUGGCUAG